AUGAAUCACGAUCACACCCACAAUUCGUUCAAAACAUUUGUUCGUCGAAGAGGAAUAGGAAAACAAUCAAACGAUGACAGCCGAGAUACUCAAGCCAGCAUGCCACGAAGAACAUCGUCGCAAUACCACGAGAAUCGCCUCCCUCCUCUCCUUCCUCCAACACCGCCAGGAAGCCACACCCCGCAGCCAGCGCCUCUCCCACAACGAACUUUACCUGCCCAUGGUUCUGCGGCGGGAUUUAAUUUGAGUGCUGAUGGUCAACGAUCAAAUCGCAGUGGUGGAAAUUCAUCUUCAGGGCGUAGCAACCGCCCGAAUGCUGCCGGGUCGGUGAUGGCGUCUGGCAGAAUUCGACGUACAAGGACUGGCACUAGUGCACCCCCUAGUCCUAUGCGUAGUCGCCGGCGAGAGGAAGUACCAAGGACCCCACCACUCCAGAAACCCUCAUCUAAGAAGCAGUACAAGUGCGAAUAUUGCGACCUUGACUUUGGACGUAAGCAUCACAAAGAGAGACAUGUUGCAAACAUUCACAAACACGUAAGUCCACCCAUGCGUCGUGCGCCAUCAAAUAUCCAUGGUGCGCGAAUCUGUCGAAGAAACUUACUUGAUCUACAAGGCUCCAUUGCGAUACGUGAUGCGAGAUUCCUGACUCUUUCUCUUGUAUGUCUUCACCUCCGCCGUUAUCUGUAG